GCCGCCCACGCAAUGCGCUUCCGCGCAGGCCGCCUCCGCCGCCAAGGCGCCGACUUUAACGAGUUCCACCUCUCUCCGGGCCUCGUCGCCCACCCACAUUCCAAGCGUCUUCUCAUCGUUCUCCAAAACCUCGGCAAUCUCUCCGCUUCCUUCUACUCCCUCCCCGGCUACCAUUUCAUCUCCCCUGUUCUCGGCCUUCUCAUCUACGACGCCGUUGGAACGAACUCGACCGAGCUGGAUGUGAAGGUCACGAAGGAACCCAUUGAAGUGAACUUCUCCAGGAUUGGCGGAGUGGCGGAGAGAAAGGAGGAGCUUUUAUGUGCGGUGUUUGGGUUGGGUGGGAGGGUGCAGAUCUCGAGCAGAGGGAGAGUGUGCUCUGUUAAGGAGCAGGGGCAUUUUGGGUUGGUGGUGGAGGGAGGAGGAAGGGAGAAAGGAUUGAAGAGGUGGAAGGUUGUGUUGGCGACUGCGGCAGCGGCGGCGAUCGGAGCGGUGUUAAUUGGAUUGGUGGUGGUGGCGAUGCUGAAGGGAAAAAGGAAGGAGAGGAAGAUGGCGGAGAUGGAGAGGAGAGCUUAUGAGGAAGAGGGGCUGAGGGUGUCGAUGGUGGGGGAUUUGAGGGCAUAUACGGCGGCGCCGGUGAGGACGGCGCCGGUGAUGGAGAAUGAGGAUGGUUUGCCUAUGUGAGGGAGGGGGGAUUGGUGCGCUAGGAUGUCUAAAUGAAAGUUUUAUUUUU